AGCUCCUGAGUGUUGGACUUUUCCAGACGAUGCAUGACGUGUGCCUUUCUGCAGCUUCUGAUCAAGACUGAGGUAGUUUUUAAGAGGAGUCCUGACUUAGCAUCACUCUUUAGCAUGAAACUUUCUAAAAAUCCAAAGAACUUCCUUCUCCUCAUCCUUCUCGGUUUUCUGCUGCUGCUGGAGACCUUCAGGUCCCACUGGCCUUUCAGGAUCUCUCAGCCACCCAAACAAAUCCCACAUAAUGGAGAACCAUCCGGUGAGCGUGAUUUACCUCAGACGACGCCAUCAGCAAACGGAGGAGAAUCAGCAUCUUUGCUGAGAGUUAAAGGAACAAAAACCCUGCUGGUAUCAGCCUAUUUAGAGCAUCGCACAGCAGAAAAAGAAGUUCGUGUCAUUGCAAUCACGCCUCGGAGCGAGCAGGCGGUCUUUAACUGCCACCUAGACUGCCAAAGACAGCUCUACGUAUCCAAAGGUGUCAUCAAGCUCAACAAGGACUUCUUUGGCUAUCUAUAUGGGACGGCAGACGUCAUGUGUCCGCUUCCUCCAGGCUGUGAAACACCAGUUCAUGUUGCCAUUACCCUGAAUGGCUCUAAAGGCGAAGAUCAUGACUUUCUGGAGGUUAAGAACCAAAAGGCAGAAACCGAAUCCUUACCUUACAACUUCACAGUGUGUUUUCCUGUCAUGUUUGAGUUCACAAAUGUCCUGCAGCUGGUGCAGAGUUUGGAGAUGCUUCAGUUACUGGGAGUGAAUAAAGCUGUCAUCUACAAGACCAGCUGCAGCCUGGAGAUUCAGCGUGUGCUGGACUACUACACAAGCACAGGUUUCGUUGAGGUGGUUCCUUGGUCUCUGUCAAAGUAUCUGAAUGUAUCUCGAGGUUUUAUGUCUCAUAAGGAUCCAGGUGAUAUCCACUACUUUGGUCAGAUGCCUGCUCUUAGUGACUGCCUCUACAGAUACAUGUACCAGUCAAGAUAUAUGGCCUUCCAGGACCCAGAUGAGCUCAUCUUGCCCCAGUCUGAAAUGCAACCCAAGCUUAGAGAUGACCAGCUAAUUUACGACGGCCGACUGCUGAACUACAGCACAGAUCUCUCAGCAGCUGUUAACACCGUGUUGAAAGAGAGCCGACUCCUAUCUGGCACAAAGUGA